UCUCUCUUUUUCUCUCCCUCUCUCCCUCUCCCUCUCUCUCUACUCACCUCUUCUCACCUCUUCUCAUCUCUGCGUUGCUCUCGACAGAACAGGAAUGGUCGAACUAUUCCAUCGCAGGGAUCAAUCGUCACCUUCUGACCCAACGUCCGUCUAAGUUACCUUAGGCACUUUUCCUUAACAGCGCCGCUCUGGACUGCGCAGCCAUCAAGUGAAAGUGGAAAUGAGCAGCGUCGGCCCGGCCUGAUACUCGGACAUUAAGGUACCACGUCCUUCCAGGUUGCACGUCCUAAAGCAGAAGGGGAGAAGCUGGAGUACACUUAUUGUUUUCUCUCCAAAAACAAAAAUUAAAUAAAAAUUGAACUGCCCGGAAUAUAUCCACAACACAAUCGACCAACAACAACAGCAGCAGCAGUAGCAGCAGUAUCUGCUCAACGUCCCAACUCCCAUCAUGGGCCAAUCCGAGUUCGUCGACCUCAUCAAGCCACUCCACGACCGACUCAGACACUACGACCCCACCAAAUCACCUACAGCUCAGUCCGACAACGAUGCGGUCUACGAUACGGAUCCUGCGAGAGCGGUGCCGCAAAGCUUUCUCGAUGCCAUGAUCGUUCGCGAAAGAGUUUACGUACAAGAGCAGAACAUCCCACUAGAGAAUGAGUUGGACGAGGAUGAUGCCCGAAGUUUUCACUGGGUGGUGUAUGCUUCCAUGCCUCUCAAAGCAGCAACGAACAGCAAUGGGGCAGCAGGAGGAGGAGGAGGAGGAGCAGAACGCAAGGGAAGCGGUAGUACCAAGAUGCCUAUUGGGACGAUCCGUUUAGUACCACCGCCGCAUGCGCCGCAUCCGUUGGGAACCCAUGGCAGCGACGAGGCCAAGGAAGGGCAUGAGCCGAGUGAGCCUUAUGUCAAACUUGGGCGGCUGGCUGUGAUACCCGAAUUCAGGAAAGCGGGGAUAUCCAAGUUGUUGAUUGAGACGGCUUUGUCCUAUGCGAAAGCUCAUCCGUACGAGGUCGGUCCGUUGCUGGACCCUGCUUCGAUGGAGGCUUUGAAGAAGGGCGUGGCCAUCAGCUGGAAAGGAUUGGUGCUUGUUCAUGCGCAAGUGGGUGUCCAAAAGGUCUGGAGAAAGUAUGGGUUCGAGACGGAUGAGAGCAUGGGUACUUGGGAUGAAGAGGGUAUCGACCAUGUCGCCAUGUGGCGUCGCGUGUCGGUCGACCAGGGACGAAGAACCUCGAAGAUCUGGUUGAACAACUCUUGAGACUACAUCCAUACCUGAUGUGCGUGUGCAUGUCCCCGACAUGAGGGGGGAAGAAGGCGUUAGUGAUGGCUAUACCCGGCAUUUGGAGCGUUCACGAUUAGACAGAGAUGAGUGCUGCACGCAUGUCUCUCGGCAUAAUGUAUCAACUGUGCAUUUCACUUGGUGUCUACUCGUAGGGGAACAACAUAUUGUUCGCAGGAACAUAAGGUAGAAGCAAGUACCUGAUAUGUAUUGGUGACGGCAAUGGGAAGAGUGGUUAGAAGCUCACGUAAGCAUCCAUAUAGUUCUACCAUCAUACGAAUGGAAGUGC